AUGUUUAAAUAUUUAAUGAAACAACAAUCUUCGUUAUUAUAUGUACUUUUAUCCUUGCCUUUAUCAAAAAAAACUUUAUUCGCAUGGAGCAUUAUACAUCUAUCUUUAGGGAUCGCUCUGUGGCUAAAAGGCCAGUGGUGUGAUGGUUUAGCUCUCACUGGAUUCGCUUAUCUCGUAAUCUUUGAUGCGAUGGGAGUACUCACUGCGUUUAUUUCAUCCGUACUGACGACAUAUGGGUCACUGAGACUUUCUUCGAUACGGAACCCAUUCGGUAUUCAGCGAUUUGAAAUAUUACUUGGUUUUGCGAGUGCCCUAUAUCUUUUAUUCGUUGCUUUGUAUAUGCUAAAGGAAGGGUUAGAACAUUUCAUAUUAGAAUCAAAUCAUGAACAUUCUAAUGUUCAUAGCCGAAAUUUAGGUUGGUUAGAUGAAUUAAUGUCGAUCGUGGAAUCGGUAUUAAUGUUUUACAUAGCAAUACCUGUAGCAUCGGCAUUAGGAAAAAUCUUGUUACAAACAACUCCUAGCGCAGCAUCGAAAAGUUUAGAUGAUUGUUUGCGUGAGAUUCUACUUCAUCCAACAAUUCUUUCAUUGAAUGCUACACAUUUCUGGCAAAAUUCGUAUGGACAAUUGGUUGGAACGCUUCAUGUGCAUGUAAAUCCGGAUGUUAAUGAACAAACUGUAUUGGCAUUUGUAUAUUCUAGGUUAAGUCCAUUAUUUGUAAAUAGUAAUGGUGAAUUGACAGUGCAGAUUGUAAAGUAA